ACAUCAUUACGUCAUUAGUGAGGCAGUGAGUAUUUCAACUGCACCGUUUUCAGCACUCGUCGUCAGUUCACGCGCAUUGAGCCGCAAGUUUGCUGGAGUGACCGAUUGCACCACCUAGCGAAACCCGCAAAGGUUAACGUGACUAGCUGCAAUAUCAAGGUAUUCUGAUUCUGCAAUCAAUUCGUUGAAGGACUCAUCCUGGAAGCAUGAACCCAGGUUGCAAGCAGUGCAACUGUCAAAUCUGCCCGGAAUGCCAGAAGAGGAUCCGGGCAAACCUACCGGCAUGGUUGAAAGAGCAGCCGGGUGUGAAGGAGCUCGAGGAACAGAGGCGGAAGUCUGAAGAAGCUGGCGAAGCCGGCUUCGCCGGCGCUGCUUUACUGGCCACUAAAGCCUCGGCCUCUGCAGAGCGGAUGGUUGCAUCCGCCAUCGGGUUUCGCCCCGGCGGUAGCGACAGCAGCAGUUCGACAGACAGCAGCCCGAAGACGGACACGUCCGACAUCGGCUUCGGUGUCGACAUCGGACAGACACGUCCGACAUCAGCUUUGGAGACUCCGAAGGUCAUUCCCUCAAAGAAAGGACAUGCCUCGAGCGCCAAGUCUGCCACAGGAGGGGACCCAAAGUCGCCUCCUGCCGGUCCGUGAACAACUUCCGCGCCAUGGGGUGCCGCGCUACAACCAGCGUUUUCAGCAUCAUUGAUGAAGCGACGUGCACUGCAUUUCUCAAGAGCUUUCAUCUUUAGACAAUAAACGUGCAUUCGUUUCAGUAA